GAUUACACAUUGUGAGGCACAAACACGAUAACGCAAACAACGGCUAGAUAUAGAAAAAGAAAGGAAGAGUCUCUGUACGAGCUCUGCCUCGCACCUGUAAUUGAUAGGUGAGCUGGGUUGCAGAAGAGAGACAGGAAGAUAGCGACUAGUGAUGCAGUCAUACCAGUUUUGAUGCUUAAAUAGAGGUAACACGCCUUGGAUUUGUCUGAGAGUUUAAAUUUUAGUUUUGUAGGCUUCUGUGUGGCGUUGUGAGCUCAUCAGAUGAGAGAUCUGAGUUUGGCGAUUUGAAUUAUUGAAAUGAUGGCUACUGCUUCUUCGGAGUUGUCAAUAAAGUCUUCAAACGAGACUAGUAAGAGUCCUAUGGAAGAGGAUAAAGAUUUGAACCUCGAAACGGCGCUGUACAAAGAGCUCUGGCAUGCAUGCGCGGGUCCUUUAGUCACCGUGCCUCGUCAAGGCGAGCGCGUGUACUACUUUCCUCAAGGCCACUUAGAGCAGGUCGAAGCGUCAACCAAUCAAUUCGCUGACCAGCAAAUGCCAAUUUAUGAUCUUCGUUCAAAGAUACUUUGUCGCGUGAUUAACGUGCAAUUAAAGGCUGAACCGGACACUGACGAGGUUUUUGCGCAAAUCACUUUACUUCCUGAGCCAAACCAAGAUGAGAACGCUGUAGAGAAAGAACCACCUCCUCCACCGCUGCCAAGAUUUCAUGUGCAUUCAUUUUGUAAGACGCUAACCGCGUCAGACACGAGUACUCAUGGUGGGUUUUCGGUUCUUAGACGACAUGCUGAAGAAUGUCUUCCAGAAUUGGACAUGUCACAGCAGCCCCCUACACAGGACUUGGUUGCAAAGGAUUUGCAUGGAAAUGAGUGGCGGUUCCGGCAUAUCUUUAGGGGUCAACCACGUAGACACUUGCUACAAAGUGGAUGGAGUGUUUUUGUUAGCUCAAAAAGGCUAGUAGCGGGGGAUGCAUUUAUAUUUCUGAGGUGUGAGAAGGAACUCCGUGUUGGCGUGAGACGCGCAAUGAGGCAACAGGGUAAUGUUCCGUCCUCUGUCAUAUCCAGUCACAGCAUGCAUCUUGGUGUCCUUGCCACUGCAUGGCAUGCAGUCUCCACUGGAACCAUGUUUACAGUUUACUACAAGCCUAGGAUAAGCCCGGCAGAAUUCAUUGUUCCCUUUGAUCAGUACAUGGAAUCUGUUAAAAGCAAUUAUUCAAUUGGAAUGAGAUUCAAAAUGAGAUUUGAAGGCGAGGAAGCUCCUGAGCAGAGGUAUACUGGCACCAUUGUUGGAAUUGAAGAUGCUGACCCCCAAAGGUGGCCAGAUUCCAAAUGGAGAUGCCUUAAGGUGAGAUGGGAUGAGACAUCUACUGUACCUAGGCCUGAGAGAGUUUCUCCUUGGAAGAUAGAGCCUGCAUUGGCUCCUCUGGCCCUCAAUCCGCUUCCAUUGUCUAGGCCCAAGAGGCCGAGAUCAAACAUGGUUCCCUCUUCACCUGACUCUUCUGUUCUGACAAGGGAAGGUUCAUUUAAAGUAAAUGUAGACCCUUCAUCAGCUACUGGAUUUUCAAGGGUCUUGCAAGGUCAAGAAUUCUCGACCUUGCGAGGCAAUUUUGCUGAGAGAGAUAGCAACGAGUUUGAUACUGCAGAAAAGUCUGUUGUCCGGCCGUCUUCACUUGAUGAUAAGAAGAUUGAUGUGGUUUUUGCUUCAAGAAGAUAUGGGUUUGAGAACUGGGUGCCAGCAGGGAGGAAUGAACCGAUGUGUACAGAUUUGCUGUCAGGCUUUGGGACGAAUUCUGAUUCUGUCCAUGGGUAUAGUCCAUCCAUUGAUCAGUCUUUAGCAUCGGCUGUUCCAGUGAGGAAAAGCUUGCUGAGUCAAGAGGGCAAGUUUAACAUGCUUGGCAGUCCAUGGUCUUUGAUGCCCUCUAGUCUUUCACUUAAGAUGCCAGAAACUAAUGCAAAGGUUCAAGUUCAAGGUGGUGAUAUAAAUUAUCUAGUACAAGGCAAUGCUAGAUAUGGUGGGCUCAGCGACUAUCCCACUCUUCAGAGUCAUAGAGUUGGGCCAUCUAAUGGAAACUGGUUUAUGCCUCCUUUAGUCUCAUCUCAUUUUGAAAAUUUAGUUCCUUCGAGAGAGUUGAUGGAGAAACCUAUAUCAGUACAACACCACGAGGCUGGUAAAACCAAAGACUGCAAACUCUUUGGUAUUCCCCUCGUCAGUAGUAGUUGUGUCACACCAGAACCAAUUUUAUUGCAUCAAAACUCAAUGAAUGAGCCAGUUGGCCAUAUGAAUCACCAACUUGGUGUGCUUGAAUCUGAUCCCAAGUCUGAACAAUCUAAAAGCCCAACAUUGGCAAAUGAUAGUAAUUGUGUUAGUGAGCAGGGCAAACCAUCACAGACUUGUCAGCCUCAUGUAAAGGAUGUUCAUAGCAAGCCUCAGAGUGGGUCUUCAAGGAGUUGUACUAAGGUUCACAAGCAGGGAAUUGCACUUGGUAGGUCUGUGGACCUUUCUAAGUUUAAUAACUAUGAGGAGUUGAUUGCUGAAUUAGAUCGGUUGUUUGAAUUUGGUGGUGAACUAAUGACUCCAAAAAAGAACUGGCUCAUUAUAUAUACUGAUGAUGAGGGUGACAUUAUGCUUGUUGGAGAUGAUCCGUGGAAGGAAUUUUGUGGCAUGGUCCGCAAAAUUUUUAUCUAUACAAGAGAGGAGGUCCAGAAGAUGAAACCAGGAUCCUCGCUCUCAAAGGGUGACGAGAAUUUGUCCAUUGGGGAAGGUACAGAAGCAAAAGAAGUGAAACAUCAGUCAGUCCCUUCAGCAUGUAAUGAUGAAAAUUGUUAGGAUUGGCUUCCAUCCAUUCUAGGUUUUUGGUGGUCUGUUAGAGACAUUAUACCGUUAUGCCUGUUUGGAAAUAUGCAGUAAGAGAUGGGUAAGAGUCUGCCACUAUGUUAUGAAUGGCACGGAUAUCUAAUGAUCUGACAGGUUUCGGCGUCGGACUAUAUAUGAAUGCAUUGCUAUAAUGUAUACCCGGAAUUUUGAGCAUGGCAAUCCUAGGCUUUGCCCCACAGAACAGCGGUAUACCCAGUUGUAUAUAAUAGUUAAUGUAAGUAGUAAUAUAGGUGUAUACAGCCUAUGAUGUGAAUCUGGGUAAUCGUACAAUGUGCUUGUAAUGUUUCUAUUAGCUGGUUUUCUUAUUUCAGUCUUCAUUGGUUAUAACAAAAAUUAGUGCAUGUAUUUUUGCAAUGUCUUUUGACCUUUAAAAGUCAAAUAUUCCGAGUUGAAAUGGUAGAAUCGGUCAAUUUUUGAGG